AUGAGCCUCGGUGUGUAUGUGUUUGUUGGUGUUUAAGGUGGCGGAUAUGCAAUAGAGAACUGGUGCAGACUGGUUGACUCUGCCUCUGUGCGCGCGGCACUGAAUGUACCAUAAUAAUGAGAUGAGCGGGGACCCUUUAAAUGUGCAUAAAGCCCUCUCGGGUAAAUGAUUAGUAAAUCGUCCUUUUGUACCGACACUUUUUCCGCUUUAACACGGAAAGUGUUUUCAUACCUCCAACGGUUUUCUGCCUGAGAGGCGUUAAUCUGCACAGAAACGCGAAGACAUGACAAGACACCGGAUUGCGUGCAUAGGCAAUAUUCCAGUCCGUUCCUGUAAAUCGCGUUCUGCUCGCAGUUUACGCGUUACUGGGAAGCAAACCAUUGUCGUUUACAUGUCGUGACCCGGUAUAGAAACACAAAUGGCGUGAAUGCCCUCAAAAGGACGUCUCCCACGCGAGGGGACCGCAUAUCUGACUACAGCAGUGUCCCUAUUACGGCAAGGACAAGUGGAUACAAUGUGUUUCAGAUUCAGGAAUUGAAGUGCUGCAUGGAUGACGUUUGAUGACGUUUAUAUGAGACAUAAACUGUACAUAUACUAGGAUACAAAUGGUUGCCCCAACACUGAAAUCUGCAACAUCAAGAGACAUGAUUGGUUAACCACAUUGUUAUUUAAAUAUUCUGUUUGAUACACAGCAAAUGAGAAUAACAGAUGCGGCCUUGACCUAGUUUUUGGGUAAAAGCCCAGACUGAGGUUAAAUAAGGCUAGUUGUAAUAAUAAUUGUGUUUUUUGUGGGUUGAGGUUGUGUUACCCAGUUAUGGUUAAAAACUGAGGUUUCUCAUCAACAUAGUAGACUGGUAAAGAAUGAGUGAAACACCAGAUUUAAUUAUGCAACUGUGAUUUAUUUGUCAGAAUCCCAGCUAUUGUAUCAAUGUUGUAUUAAAAAAAAAAUGAAAUAAGAAAUUGUCCCCAUUAUGCCAUUUCCAAUAUUGCCUUUCAUGCGGUUUGUAAUGUAGCUGUAUGUGAAUAUAAAAAAUCUGCAAAGUUGUAAAGCUGAAAGUGCACAAUAAAUUAUUGUAUUCCAAAAUAAAGAAUCGACUCUCUACAGCCUAAAUGAGUCGUCAGUAAUUCGAUUCCCACUUCGUCACGGGAUAAUACAUUUGCAUAACCGACCACAAACAACUUGACCCCGCCCACAAACACGUCAUUCUAUUGAAUUGACGACUGCUGUAAUCUCAGGGAGUUCAACGCAGGAUUCACUAAACACUUGCUGUUGAAAGAUGGAUCAGUAUCCUGUUUAUUUGGACCAGCUGCUACACUGAAUCACAAUCUGAAUGUUUACCCUCACAGAAGUUGCCUCUCUAAAUGACAUCCAGCCAACUUAUCGGAUACUGAAACCAUGGUGGGACGUCUUUAUGGAUUACCUGGGUGUGGUCAUGCUAAUGCUGGCCAUAUUUGCCGGGACCAUGCAGUUAACCAAAGAUCAGGUGGUUUGCCUUCCUGUUCUGGAAUCGUACCAAACCCCUGUACCCACGGAAAGGCCACCAGAGAAAGCUUUUGGCUCAGGGACAGGAGGAGACCAUGUGACAUUGGCAGCUGCACCUUUAACAAGCAAAGAACAAACCAACAGCAUUGUCCAAGACUUCCCACAGUUGUCUUCUGGCAAGCAACCUCAGCCAAGGGGUUUACGAACAAAUCUGGAUUUUCAGCAGUAUGUCUUUGUUAAUCAGAUGUGCUACCAUGUUGCCCUCCCGUGGUAUUCAAAAUACUUUCCAUAUCUAGCUCUCAUUCACACUAUUGUUCUCAUGGUAAGCAGUAACUUUUGGUUCAAGUAUCCAAAGACCAGUUCCAAAAUUGAGCAUUUUGUGUCUAUUUUGGGGAAAUGUUUUGAGUCCCCUUGGACGACCAAGGCAUUGUCUGAGACAGCCUGUGAAGACUCCGAAGAAAAUAAACAGAGAUUGACUGGAGCCUCUAUGUUACCAAAGCACCUUUCGACCAGCAGUGAGGAGGGAAGUCCAAAUCAGUCCACACCCAUGCUCACAAAAUCUAGCAUUAAGUUUUCUGCAGAGAAGCCAGUCAUUGAGGUUCCAAGUAUGACUAUACUUGAUAAGAAAGAUGGAGAGCAAGCUAAAGCACUUUUUGAGAAAGUGAGGAAGUUCCGCACACAUGUCGAAGACAGCGACAUGAUCUACAAACUCUAUGUAGCUCAAACGAUAAUAAAAACUGUCAAAUUCAUUCUGAUUCUAUGCUACACCAUGACCUUUGUCACGUCCAUUAAAUUCGACCAUGAUUGUGAGCCCGAAAUUAAGCACUUAACUGGAUACGCAAAAUUUAAAUGCACCCAUAACAUGGCUUUCAUGUUGAAAAAACUCCUUGUUAGCUACAUUGUUCUCAUUUUUGUUUAUGGCUUGGUUUGCAUUUACACUCUCUUUUGGCUGUUUAGACGGCCUCUUAAAGAGUACUCUUUUGAGAAAGUUCGUGAAGAAAGCAGUUUUAGUGAUAUCCCAGAUGUGAAGAAUGACUUUGCUUUCCUCCUACACAUGGUGGACCAGUAUGACCAAUUGUACUCGAAACGUUUCGGUGUCUUUCUCUCAGAGGUAAGUGAGAACAAACUGCGGGAAAUCAGCUUAAACCACGAGUGGACCUUUGAGAAACUACGCCAACACGUGACUCGCAAUGCCAAGGACAAGCUUGAGCUGCAUCUUUUUAUGCUCUCGGGUGUUCCUGAUGCGGUCUUUGACCUCACAGAUGUAGAGGUCCUGAAACUAGAACUCAUCCCAGAGGCACGUAUCACAGCGAAAAUCUCCCAGAUGAUCAACCUCCACGAGUUGCACUUUUACCACUGCCCCGCCAAAGUCGAACAGACUGCAUUCAGUUUCCUCCGCGAUCACCUCCGGUGCCUUCAUGUCAAGUUUACGGACGUAGGAGAGAUUCCCACUUGGGUUUACAUGCUGAAGAACUUGAGAGAGCUCUACUUGGUGGGAAACUUGAACUCCGAGAAUAACAAAAUGAUAGGAUUAGAUUCCCUCAGGGACUUGAGGCAUCUAAAGAUCCUACAUCUGAAGAGCAACCUUACCAAGAUCCCGACUAACAUCACAGACUUAUCACCCCACCUGAUCAAACUUGUGGUUCACAAUGAUGGUACUAAACUCUUCGUGUUGAACAGCUUGAAAAAGAUGAUGAAUCUGGCUGAACUGGAGCUGCUCAAUUGUGAAUUGGAGCGGAUACCACAUGCAAUUUUUAGUUUGACCAACCUGCAGGAGUUGGACUUGAAAUCGAACAAUAUCCGUACCAUUGAAGAGGUCAUCAGCUUCCAACACCUCAAACGGCUUAACUCCCUCAAACUGUGGCACAAUAAAAUCACUUCCAUUCCAUUGUCCAUAAGUCUCGUAAAAAACCUAGAGUUCCUCUAUCUGUCACAUAACAAACUAGAGACCUUGCCUACCACUCUGUUCAAUCUUCUUAAACUAAGAUACCUGGAUGUUAGUCACAACUCCAUCGUAGUGAUUCCUCCAGAGGUGGGGUUUCUCCAGAAUCUACAGCAUUUCGCCAUCACAGGAAACAAGGUGGAAGUGGUACCCAAGCAGCUGUUCAAAUGCACAAAGUUGCGUAGCCUAUCCCUUGGGCACAAUUGCAUCUCAACGCUGCCAGAGAAAAUCGGGCAGGCGCAGCAGCUGACUCAUCUUGAGCUGAAGGGGAACUGCCUGGAUCGCCUGCCCGCACAGCUUGGCCUGUGCCGACUCUUGCGCAGAAAUGGUCUCAUUGUGGAAGACCACCUUUUUGAUACACUGCCCCUAGAGGUCAAAGAGAGCAUAAGUCAGGAGACCAGUGCUAAUUUUGCUAACGGAGUGUGAGUGUGGAUCAGAAAAAACCUAGCUAGAUGGUUUUCUGAGUGAACGGAAUCAGAGUGUGCAAAAGGCAGUGUUCAGUACUUAUGUUUGUUUGUUUUUCUUUUAUAAAAAAAAAAAGCUUUGUUGUUUUAUCCAGGACUGUGAUUGGCAUGAAUGGAUGUUUUAUGUGUAAGGAAUGAGUCCAGUAUCAAAACUUAUGUUUUUACAUUCAAUGUCAUUUUUUUUGCACAGGCCAAAACAAAUUGCCGGCAGGCCAAUGUAAACGUUUGUGAAUUUUAACUAUGCUUAGUGCAUAGAAUUCUUGAGAAUUAUUCAAUCGUUUGAGAUGAUUAUGCCUGUCUGCAUGGGUUUUUGUUCUUUUAAAAUGUUUUUGUUUGUUUUUAUAAUUUGUCCAUGUAACAGUGGAAGUAUAACAGAUCACUUUUGUUUUCUGUUCAUUUUCAGUCGCAUUCAUGUUAACAUUUUCACCAGCUGUUAUCCGCACAGUCUGCAUCACAUGCAUUGUGUAUUGUGGUGUCAUUAUUGAUUGUAUUUGUUUGGGAGAACCCAGAACAACAACUGACAUAUUAUUAUAAAGUUAAUCACAACUACUGUACUCGACUAAGUGCAAAAGAAAAAAGUGAAAAAGUCUCCCUGGUAUUGGGUUUAGAUAAAAGUGCACUAAAGUAAUUUAAGUUGUGCUCUGAAGUGUUUAAGAAACUGAAUGUUAGCAUUGAUACAAAGUUAUCAUAUCUGUCCAAGAUUCAAUCAAACAGUGCAUUUUAUGCCUCCGUUAAUAUCUGUUUGACCUUUUUCAAACUGCCCACCUAUUCAAUGUCUAUAAACCAAAAUACUUGGGACUGAAUAACAAUGUUUGUUGAUGCGGUGCGAUGCACAAGAUACCUUUAGUCUUUGCAGGUUUUGGGAAUAAAAUAGCCUUUUCCUAUUAACAUCAUCCUUUCAUGUGGGCUAUAGGAGUAAUGCAUAAGUCAUGUUGACCUCAUUUGACUUGUGCAUGUUUUGUAUAUAACAACAAAUGAUGGGACAGACCUGUAAUGUGUAUACACUGCAUGGUCCUUAAUGCUCUAAACCUCCAGUAGACAUGUAUUGGUAAAUUGCCAUUUUAUAUAUAUAUAUAUAUAUAUAUAUAUAUAUAUAUAUAUAUAUAUAUAUAUAUAUAAUAUUAGUAAUAUAUGUUAGCCUGUAACUGUAUGAUUACCAUCUGUUUUACUGUUAGCCCUUACUGGCUAGUUAAAGUAAUGAAAAUGCUUGCAUUGUGUGAAUGUUACUGUGACUGUUUUAAGUUACCUUGCUCUGUCUGUGCUGUGCAUGUCCACAAAGUCUGCGUUUUAGGCGAAUGCACGAAAAUAUUGACUUGACAUAUGCGGAGGAUCAAUAUUCAUGCCAAUGCUGGAUUAGAUGUAAGAUGUCCCUAACCUGAACAUUUGUCGUUUCAUUUUUCUUGACAAAGGAACAAAUCUGUCAUAAAUGAAGAAAACAAAGUCAAGAUUUAAUAAUUUUUGUAGUUGAAUGAAAAAAAUCAGGAUUGUUAUCAUUUACUCAUCCUAAUGUCAUUCCAGACAUCUAGACAACCUGGUAAAAAUAAUUAGUUGUUUGGAUCACAUUAAAUUUCAUAUUUUAUUUUAAUUAAUAUAAUUUAUUGUAUGUGCAUUAUGUUCUACAGAAUGAAGUCAUACAGGUUUGAAAUAACAUUAGGUUGAGUAAAUUAAGACACAAUUUAAAUUUGGUAAACUAUCCCUUUUAAAGAUUAUAUAAUAACAUAAAUGGUUUCACUGUUGCACCCUGAAACUUAAAACCAUUUCCUUAUUUUAUUUUAAGCCAGUAAUUUGCAUGAAGAGGAUGUGGAACUGUUCUCUUAAAAAGUAAAGGGUAUCAAUAAUAUUUAGCUGCUUUAAUUAAUUGUUGACAUAGAUUGAGUGGUGUUUGCUUCAAAGCAUUCAAUUGUUUAUGAAAGUUUUCAAUAGACUGGAUGGUAUUUCAUUUACCUGUAGUGUACAUGGAUUGGAGUGGGAAAUAGUAAUUUAAUCAUUUGGAUAAUGUCUAUUGUAUUUUUGUUUUGUUUAUUAAAACCAAUUUGGAACAAUUAUUUUAUUUUAUUAUUAUUUUUUUGUUGUUGUUGACCAGUUUGCAUUCCACUGAAGUGUUUUCUUGUCAUUUUGUGAAAUUACACUUCCCACACUGUUAUAUUUGUCCUACUGAAAUGCUGCAGGGUCUGACCUGUAACUGGUAUCUUUGUGACCCCUGAAGAAUCUUGAUGUCGUGCCAGAUGAGGCUUGAAAAUCAUUUUUGAUACAUGUGUGACAAUUCAAUAAUUAUAACUACAUAUGAAUCUAAAGUUGAGUUUCAAUGUUUUAUGUGACUAUAAAUUAGAUCACUAUAUAGGUUUCGUACAAUAUAACUAUUUGUUGAUUCUGUUUGAUGUUUGGAAUGAACGUUUGUUUGUUUGUUUGUUCAUUUAUGUAGAGAUUUAUUAAUUUAUGUUCCAUUCCUGUACUAAUAGUUUUACUAGGAUGUACCUGAUUUGAAAUGAUUCUACCAUACAAAAAAUACAUUGUGUCAGUUUAGGUACAUAAAACACCUGUUGUUCAUUUAUACUGAGUACUUAUUUUCAGAAUAAAGGAAAUGUUUUCUUUUUCAGCAAGCUACUUUAAGGUGUAUUCUUCUUCAGCCUUGAAUGUAGCCUAAAGCUGCAUCCCUUCAUGGUUUUGAUGGAAAGGAGAAUGAAUUUAGUCUGCUUUGCUCCUAAUCACGUUUUGUUUGAAAGGAUGUUAAAUUUGCAACUUGCAAUUUUUCAUAUAAUAAAUACAUUAAAAUGUA